ACCUGUUGGGAAACUCACAGGCCACAUUGGUCCAGUAAUGUGCCUCACAGUGGAGAGAAUGGCAACAAGACAUGACUUGGUCAUCACUGGAUCCAAAGAUCACUAUGUGAAGAAGUUUGAAAUAGCUGAAAGUACUCUUGGAAAUGUCGGACCCACUCAUAAUUUUGAACCUCCCCAUUAUGAUGGAAUUGAAUCUUUGGCAAUUCAUGCGGAUAUUCUAUUUAGUGGAUCCAGAGACAACGGAAUUAAAAAAUGGGACCUGGAACGGCAAGAACAAAUACAGCAAAUACCUAAUGCUCACAAGGAUUGGGUAUGUGCUCUGGCAUUUGUACCUGGUCGUGAUUUGUUGCUAAGUGGUUGCCGAGGAGGAAUGCUUAAAGUUUGGAACAUAGACAACUUUACACCACUGGGAGAGAUCAGAGGCCAUGACAGUCCCAUUAAUGCCAUCUGCACAAACUCCAGCAGGAUUUUCACUGCUUCGAGUGACUGCACGGUAAAAACAUGGAGCUCAAAAGGUUUAACAAAUGGGCAUACGUUGGACAUUAAAGACAUUAAUCAGGAAUUGUCUGACAGCAUCUAACUGUAUUUAAUUCACCAAGUUAUAUUUAAAGAAGAAUAAUGGUGGAUUGGAAUGAAAUGAAAGUCAUGCUUUCAAGGUUUUCUGAGUAGAGGAAGAAAAGCAUAUUUUGCCAUUGUGACCUGAUGUACUGCAAGCAAUAAUUCACAAGUAUCUUAUUCCAAAUGUAAUUCUCAACAGCACUAACUGUGAUGUCCAUGUAACAAAACAAAAUUGAGCUGCACUCUAGCUUGGUAAGUCAGGCAAAAGCAUGUAUGUUUGAGUGGAAUUUUUUCGUUCUCACAUUAUUAUCUGCAGUUUACAUCUCAUUGUAAGCUAUUAUCAAUCCCCAUAUUUCCAUCCUUGAUCUUACUCUACAAUUCUCUUUUAUCUUCAUUUAUAUUGUUGGGCUAGAUGGUGGAAAAUUUCUGUCAAAGAGUAAUUAAUAUACUAUAUUGAGCUUUGGAUGUACAUGUCCUUUGGGCAAACAGUCUAUUCUUCGUCAAAUAUCCUGAAAAACCUUGUCUUUGACUUCACCAAUUUUGACAGUAAUAUUACAAUGAAGUGGUGAAAAUUUUCAGAGGAACACAAUAAUUUAAAGUUUGCAUGGUAUGUCAUCUUGUGCUGGUGUUAAUUAAAUAUUGCAGCUCAUCACUGUGAUCCCUUACAGGCAUUAGUAUUGAGUCUAAAGACUAGUCUACUCAUGAUAUAUAUGUAUACUGGAAAAGCAGGUCAUCAGAAUAGUCUUUUUAAUCCAAAUAAUGAAUAAUCAAACAGAACAUUAUGGUUCAAUGAAAUAAUUCAUAAAAUUGCACAAAUCAUGAAGUAACGCCUAUCUGUCACUUUCUCUGAAACCUGAAAUGUGCAAAAUUUGAGUUCUUAAUUUUGUCUUGGAACACAUCUGUAAUCAACCAUCUGUUACUGGCAUUACAUUAAUUGAGUGGGAUAGACAAGGAAAAAGUUGAAACUUUAUUGCUGGAACAGCACAGCAGG